GGUAGGACCACAGACUUUACCAGCCUCUUGGCAACAACGGAAUAUUGUUUCUGUAACAAGUUUUGAUAGAAAAGUCGCUGACAAGCUAGCUUUAGCUUGUGAAGUUUGAGAGAUAGCUUGUAGUAAUUGAUCCUAUUUUUUUUAGAGAACAAGACCGUUCUAGUACUAUAACAUGGCAGUGAGCGCAGUUCACCUCGAAUCAGAUGCUUUUUUGGUUUGCAUGAAUCAUGCAUUAAGUACCGAGAAGGAGGAAGUAAUGGGACUCUGCAUCGGGGAGGUGGACACCAACCGCAUCGUCCACAUUCAUUCUGUUAUUAUUCUCCGACGCUCGGACAAGAGGAAGGAUCGCGUGGAAAUUUCGCCUGAGCAGCUGUCUUCAGCGGCAACCGAAGCGGAGAGGUUGGCUGAAAUGACUGGACGGCCGAUGCGUGUAGUUGGUUGGUACCACUCUCACCCCCACAUCACUGUGUGGCCAUCACAUGUGGAUGUGAGGACACAGGCUAUGUAUCAAAUGAUGGACCAGGGCUUUGUUGGGCUGAUAUUCUCCUGCUUCAUUGAGGAUAAGAACACAAAAACCGGUCGAGUUCUCUACACCUGCUUCCAGUCUGUCCAAGCCCAGAAAGGCUCUGAGUACGAGAGAAUCGAGAUCCCAAUUCAUGUGAUUCCACACGAGGCCAUUGGGAAAGUGUGCCUUGAAUCAGCAGUGGAGCUUCCCAGAAUCCUCUGCCAGGAAGAGCAGGACACCUACAGAAAGAUUCACAGCUUAACUCAACUGGAUCCGAUCACGAAGAUACACAAUGGCUCAGUCUUCACUAAGAACCUGUGCAGCCAGAUGUCUGCUGUGAGUGGUCCCCUGCUGCAGUGGCUGGAGGAUCGUCUGGAGCAGAACAAACAGAACAUCAUUGAGCUGCAGCUGGAGAAAGAGAGACUAACUCAGGAGUUGGCAACCAUGUGAGAGGGAGAGAGUUAAGAAAUAGACACGUGGGCCUACCGAGUGGCGCAGCAGUCUAAAGCACUGCAUUGCAGUGCUUGAGGCGUCACUACAGACCCGGGUUCAAUCCCGGGCUGUGUCGCAGCCGGCCGCGACCGGAAGGCCCAUGAGGCGGCACACAAUUGGCCCAGCGUCGUCCGGGUUAGGGGAGGGUUUGGCCGGCCGGUAUGUCCCAUUGCGUUCUAGCGACUCCUUGUGGUGGCCUGGGCGCAGUGCACGCUGACUUCGGUCGCCAGCUGUACUGUGUUUCUUCCGACACAUUGGUGCUUCUGGGUUAAGCGAGCAGUGUGUCAAGAAGCAGUGCGGCUUGGCAGAGUCAUGUUUCGGAGGACGCAUGGCUCUCGACCUUUGCCUCUCCCUAGUCCUUACGGGAGUUGCAGCGAUGGGACAAGACUAUAACUACCAAUUUGGAUAUCACGAAAUUGGGGAGAAAAAGGGGUAAUGUUGACAUGUUCCUCAUAGUGCCAUAGACCUUCUAACACGAGAGCAAGUGACUAAGUGAAUCUCCUCAUUGCUAACUGAAUGCCACCACACACACCUUAGGGAGUGUUUUCCUGUCAUCCUCUGUGUACUAUUAAACACUACUGUAUUUAUGAGAACAUGUCACUAUUUCUCUUUAUUUUAGUUCUUUGGCUCUGAUUAUUGGAUGUGUUUUUCCAUAUUGCUGAUAUAUUUAUAUUUUGAAUGGAUGGUGCAAUGUCCUGUGAGCAUGAAAGGAUGUCCCGUGUGAAUUGCCAAUUCAAAAUGUUACAACAUAGUAUAUCCAGGUAUUUGCUUAUUAUAAAGUUUUAAAAAAAAAAGUUUUUCAAUUUCUAUGUUGCAAUAUGUCAUGCUUUAUUUGUGCUCCAAGUUAAAUCAAAGCCAUCUCCUUUGACAGCUAUUGGAUUUCUUGUACUUAUGAAUGUUUUCAUAAGGUAUUUCAUGGAAAUGUUCCAAACCAUUAACUUUGUCCUCUCCUGCAGAGUUUUGAGUCCUGAGUGAGGCAUUUUGUCUGAAAACCUCAAAUGUUGAUUCUCAUAGAAGGGCAGAGAGACAAUUUUUGUAAUUAACUAUUUCAUACGAGAUGGGGGAGAUGGGAUAUUGCUUUAUAUCCGUUUGGAAAAUACAGCGUUGUUAGCUAAACGAUGUCCACAUGUGAAUGUAUGGUGUAACCAUCGUAGCUUAUUUAGCAGCCAUUGCUUAGUCAUUGUGUGCCUUGUCAUGCUUGUACAGGUUCUGUUGUUUUGAGGGAUUAAACAGAUUUUUCUCUUUAUGA